AUGUAUACUACAGACUUCUAAGAUAUUGACUCAAAACGUGUUAAGGAAAGACUAGUUGAAAGCGCCUUUAACAAAGUUCAGAUUUGGAGGAAAAUUUUUCUGGAAGGUUUAAUCAACGAACAAGGAGAAAGGCAAUAUUAUACCUUGAACGAGGCUGCUAAUUUGGUGGGCAUUCCCAAAAAGACCUUGGAGGAUUACACUCAAAUCUUUCAGAAAGUUGGCUUGAUUGCUUCUCCUCUAUCUGAUUUUUAUGGAAAGAAGAUGGGAUUCUUGAGACAAUUUGUAAGAAAAAAUAAAUCCAAAAUCAGAAAGGCCUUGAUUGUUGAAAGGUUAAAGUAGUACGAAAGAAAACGAGAAAAAUUAAUUUAAAAACACCAAGCCCAGAGAUAACACUUUGGCGAAGAGAAUGCAUCAUCAAAAGAUACCGAAUCAAUUGAUGAGAAGUACUCUUACAAUAAUUUUUUUAAUUCUGACUUCGAGGAAUUAGAUGUUUACUAAGAAAGCCGUGUCUUUUUACCAUUAUUAAAAUUUUGA